CAGACGCCUGACGUUCCAUGGGCGGUGCGUGACCCGGAAGUGUGUGCUGGACACUAGAACCCCGAGCAAAGGAGACUGACUCCUCUAGAUUAGAGGGUCCGCUGCAGCCGUUAUUGUGACGCCUUUGGUCGGGAAGCCCGUGCCUCUACCCCGGGGGCUUGAGAGAAAGUGAGUGCGAGGAAUUAUAUAUGCAGUACAUGGACGUAGUUGCACAACAAAGAGCUGAACUGGAGCAAUCUCUUUUAGACACAACUGCCUGUAAUGAACACAAUGACUUCUGAUGAAACAGCCGCUGGUGAUUGGCUGAGAAACGCAUCAAGAAAUGACUCCUAUCCAGAUGAGUGACGUGGACGGAAGCACCGGGAGGCGGAUAAAUGGCUUGUCAGCCUUGAAUCGUGUGGUGCUGCUAUGUUGUGGAGUCUUAUAUAAAAACUUGGGAGCAGAUCCCUAAAGGUGACCACUGGAUUCUUCACGUCAGGGCUUAAUUAACAUUAAAUGGACUUGAUUUCACCACCUGCCCGAAUGACUGAACUAUCUGCAUCAUUGACUCAGCUGCAGCAGGGACAGGUGCCAGAAGACUACUCUGACAGUCAUACUGCAAACAUGAAUGAUAACAAUGAGAGGAGAAGCAAUGAACGCGCGGAGUCUCAGAGUAAUGGGCAGACACAGAGCAGCUCCCAACAAGUACUGGAACAGGACGAAGAAGAAGACGAGGAGCUUACCUUGAAAUAUGGUGCCAAGCAUGUCAUCAUGCUGUUUGUGCCAGUCACGCUGUGUAUGGUGGUUGUUGUAGCAACGAUAAAGUCUGUCAGCUUUUACACUCGUAAAGAUGGCCAGCUAAUUUACACCCCCUUCACAGAAGAUACAGAAACUGUGGGUCAAAGAGCCCUGAAUUCCAUUCUCAACACUGCAAUUAUGAUCAGCGUAAUCAUCGUCAUGACCAUUCUCCUGGUGGUACUGUACAAGUAUAGGUGCUAUAAGGUCAUACAUGGAUGGCUCAUUAUUUCCUCAUUAUUGCUGCUAUUUUUCUUCUCUUUUAUCUACCUGGGAGAAGUAUUCAAAACCUACAAUGUUGCCAUGGAUUACAUCACACUGGCUCUGAUGAUCUGGAACUUUGGAGUGGUUGGUAUGAUAUGCAUUCACUGGAAAGGACCCCUCAUCCUACAGCAGGCCUACCUUAUAAUGAUCAGUGCACUGAUGGCUCUGGUGUUCAUCAAGUACCUUCCGGAGUGGACAGCCUGGCUCAUCCUGGCCGUAAUAUCGGUUUAUGAUCUUAUAGCAGUUUUGUGUCCGAAGGGACCCCUCCGUAUGCUGGUGGAGACUGCCCAGGAGAGAAAUGAAACCCUCUUCCCAGCCUUAAUCUACUCUUCUACGAUGAUCUGGUUAGUGAAUAUGGCAGAUGUUGAUACAGGCUUCAUACAGAGCGGUUCAAAGAAACCAACGUACAACACGCAAGUUCCGGCUGUCCAGGCAGGGAGUGACUGUGUUUCGCCUGAUGACAAUGGAGGCUUUGACGCUAAUUGGGAAGAGCAGAGGGAUGCCAGGAUCGGGCAGAUUGGUUCUACUCCAGAGUCCCGAGCAGCUAUACAAGCUCUCCCAAGUAAUGCCCCUCCAAGUGAAGACCCUGAGGAGCGGGGAGUGAAACUUGGAUUAGGAGACUUUAUUUUCUACAGUGUCCUUGUUGGGAAAGCAUCUGCCACAGCCAGUGGAGACUGGAAUACCACCCUGGCUUGCUUUGUUGCCAUACUAAUUGGUCUGUGCCUUACUCUGCUGCUCCUAGCCAUCUUCAAGAAAGCUUUGCCUGCGCUCCCGAUAUCCAUAACUUUUGGACUUGUAUUCUAUUUUGCUACAGACAACUUAGUGCAGCCGUUUAUGGACCAGUUGGCAUUCCACCAAUUUUAUAUUUAACCUCUGGGCAACUUGUUCCCUUGGGACUUCUAGUUUUCCUCAACCUGACUCUAUAUGAACAUAUAAGGGAAAAGCGAUUUGCUUUUCUUUUCUUUUUCUUUUUUUCUUUUUUUUUCUUUUUUUUUUCAAAAGGAUUUUGAGAUCUCCUAGUGCAGGCAGAAAGCUGUAUGAGAUGCCUUUCUGUAUGACAUUUUUGAUCCAGUUCUCAAGGCUGGGAUCAUGGACACCCAAGGGGAUUUUGGUGUGAGGUUUUUUAUACCAGCAAAUACUCUUGUAUGGAAAGCCAUGAGUGGUGGAGAAAGGAGAGACACAAAAUGUCCUUUUCCAUUUAAUGUUUGCAGAUUCCAGAGAAACCUGUAAGAAAUUUCAAUACCAAGUGAAUGAAAGAGAAGAACUAAUGGAUAUUAAAAUUGUUUGAACAACA